UGGGUCAUUGAGAUCUCCGACAAGCUUGGGGAGGAAGAGCCUGAACCUGCAUUCAAGAUGGAUGAACUAGUAGAGGACUACUUAUUUUUAAAGAAUUGGUCAUGGUCAUACUUGAAUUGCCUGGAGUUGGAGGGAGGUAGAACAGUUGGAGCAGGGGUAGUCUCAAAGGUCAUUGAUUGA